GCCAGGUCACCGAGAUUUGUUAUCUAAAUCUUACACAAUUCACGCGUUUCCAAACACGAACUCGGAGGGAAGACUUAACGCAAACAAGGGAAUGACAGAGACGCUUAUAUCAGACGCUGUCAACGCUGGUUCGAUGUACAGCAUUAACAGGAAGACCACGGGAGAGUACGUGCUACAAGCAGAUCCCAAGAUGGCGGCUGAGAAAGGAAACUUCAGUCAUAAUCCAUUUCAUAUAUUCAUGAUAUUCUUCACUGUGUUGUCGUAUGCUGCGUCGUGUACAUUCAAUGCUCUGUCAGUAAGAAGUGGGCCAGUGUCUAAUGUAUUCUUCGAGCGCAAUGACACUUUUCGCCAAAAUUAUAUAAAGUAUAAACUGGACAUCAAUCCUGCAUUUUAUGCUUUUCGUAUUUGGUGGCUUAUCUAUUUCUGGCAGGCAGUUUGGUUGCUGUACGCUGUCGUCAGCAUUUGCCGCAAGGGGCCGGACGGCUACAUGUAUGUCAAACCUACUCUGGUCCCCUUCGUGACCUACUUCCUCUUUCCCUUUAGCAACUUGUGCACCAUCGCCUGGCUCCUUCUUAUAGACAGGGACGCUAGAGAACUCUCCAUGAUUCCCCUACCCCUUAGCACCUUCGCGCUUUACGUCAUCCUGUGGUUCUCGCACCGCCACCUGGCUGAAACCUCGCAAUAUCUCGUCGGGAUGGGAUCUUGUAAAGAUGUCUGGAUGGUCAAGGUAUUUUUCCAGAACGGUCUGGCGAUCUAUGCCACUUGGUCAUCGAUCGCCAACUUGCUUUCCUUUGCCAAUGUUCUCGCUUACGGACCGACUAUCGGCGUGGUCUCGCCAGAGGUCUCCGGCUCGAUAUCUCUCGGGAUUUUGGCGGCGGAAGUGUUGAUUUACUUCAUAUUGGACAUCUUCGUCUUUGACAAGCACUUGCGUCACCUGUUCAUCGUCUACCCAGUGGUCAUUUGGGCAGUCACGGGCAUUCUUGUGAACAACUGGGACAUUACCAAGCGGAACUGUGUCAUCGGCCUCGUUCUGCUGACAGUUGCCGUGCUGAUGUUUCUGUUUAAGAUCGGCGUCAUCAUCCUCCAUUACAGAAGAAAGAAGCAUUUCCGCAAAAGCUUGGACAUGAACAAACGUUAUAAGGAUGCCGUCCCGGAACCGGCAAAAGAUACUCAGUUUUAGAUAGCCGAGUUUGGGACAAAAAAGAGAAAAUCAUAAUGUAAUGUUGUAUUUUUAUAUUCCAAAAAGCAAAAGCUGCAUUUUGAUGGAAACACUUUUCGCACGCUAUGUGCAUGUUUACAUGCAUUUGUAUGCUAGGCGGGAAGUUUAUAUAUGUAUAUACUCCCAUAUGUAUAAGUCUCGAGCAAUUCAAACAAUCAAUUAUACUAGAUCUGUAUAGGCCUAUUUGUACGCACCUGUCGUAAUGAUGAGAGAGACGGACCACCCAUAUUGGAACACUGUACACUAGCACGAUUUUGUAUUGGUAUUAUUUAUACUUUAUAUGAGGGUAGUUUACCAUAACUGUGGGAUAUACAUUAUAUGUGGUGGCUAAAAAAUACACCUCACUUAUUUCAAAGUUCAAGAAAUUCAACAGUUGACAGGCCCUUGUAUUGAAAUUUUGCACAGGGUUUUAAGGCUUUAUUUUUGGUCCACCACGAAAUUGUCAAGUGUGAAAACGAAACAGUUUUGAUAUUAUCAUCACAUCCAAAAACACAUUCACAGGUGUCACAACUACCACACUCUGCCCCCUGUCAGAAGCCGCAUAGGUCAGUACGGUAUUUCUUUACUUAAGUUUUUUUUUUAAAUUUUUGUAGUGCCAAAGCAAGAAAGGUAGAUUUAUGGAAUUAUUAGCAUUUAUUAAAAACAUCAUUUUUCAUAAUACCGAAAUUUAGAUGCAAGAUAUUCAUAAUUAAUAACGUUAUUAAACUUUUGAAUUUUUGAGCCACCCGAUACACGUAGUCUUCAGGGGCAAUGACUUCUCCUCGCCUAGAACAAUUUGUCUAAAGUCGUUUUUUAUGUGUUUAAGUUACGUAAUCUGUGUAGAGUCUACGAGCUCAAAGUAGAAUCUACAGUUGGUCCAGCAAGGUAUCAGGUUCUGUUGUUUUUAAACAUUAGCCAGUAUGCAGAUUAGAUGUUUGAACCACAGUCAUUAUGUAUUAUCAUUACAGUUAAAAAGGAAUAGAUCGGGUUAUUUUAGGGAGAAAAUAAUAUGAUUUUUUUUAGAUACCAUUUGAUAAAAAAAAUUAGCAAUUGUGCCUGUGCUAGGAUUUUUAAAAAAGAUUAUACACGCCUUUUACCUCAAUCUGUAUAUCUUUCGCGACCUGUUGUAGGCAUGUUCAAGACUUACUUGUUUAAAAAUAAA